GUGCGCAGACCCGAUUGCCAGUGUCCAUUGCAACCAGAAUGUAGGCACGACUGGCUCAGUUCAAUCAAUUUAUCUCUCUCCCCCCCCCCUUAUUUUUGCAAAAUAAGUGCUUUAUUUCUUUCGAUGCUCUUCCUCUCCACGGAUCACUGGACCCGUGCAAAGCCCCUGAAAAAAUCAAUUUCGAACCAUUCCGGAGCAAAGGAGACGGACUGUAUUUGAUGCCUGGAAAUACUGCUGUCUACAUUUCGUUGCAAACUACUGGAUUGCUUUGAAUCUGCAAACGGACAACAACGACAAAAAAUAAAAGUAACAUCUGCCACUCACAAUGUGAGUCUUCUGUUUAAUAUACACACCGCAGCGAUGUGUUAAUGCGUCUGCUGCUGAAUGUUGUAGUCUUUCUUGUAAGUCGAGGCUGAUUCGGUGUCCGGCUUUGUUUGCUAUAGGGCCGCGGAAGAGGAGGGGAUACAAUGUCUCGAAUCGAGGGAAUGAGGCCGAGCUGAUCACUGUGUCUGAUGUGCAUCGGUGAAGCAUCUGACACUGCCUCCAGUCUUGGUUUCACCGUAGAAGAGAUUACCACGUUUCAUCCGCCAGUUCUGCACGCUCCGCCCAGACAGGACAGACGAUCAAUGGUCAUUACUCUUCCCCCUUUCAGUUACAAGGAUGAAGAAUUUAAAGCAACAUAACUACUUCCCAGUAAGGAAAGGGAAAGGGUGAUAACCGAAAGAAACACAUUACUUACAGGACUACAACAAAAAAACUCCUAAGUUUCCUGGGAUCCGCGCCAUCGAGUCUGUGGAUCAUUUAUUGUGGAAUUAACUCACGGAAUCGAACCUUCUCGGGACGGACUGCUGCUUUGUUUUAUGUUCCUGCAUUGCAAGACCAUCAGCUUUUAUUUUAACCAGUGAACAUUUGUUUAGUGUUGGAUAAGGCGGAGAUGGAGCCGACUACCGGAAUCCUUUAUACCUAAAUUUCAGCAAGAAUCACCGGUGAGAAUAUUUUGAGAUUACUGUCCCAGUAUAAAAAAGGAGCGGCGUUGCAAAAGAGAGAGAGAGAGAAAGGGCUGGAAUUUUGGGACUCGCGUUGGGGUAAAUGGAAUUGGAAGAGGAGAGGAUUUGACACGGUGGGUGGACCAAGAAGAGGCAAAAAAACCCCAGUAAUCCACCUGAAAGUUUGUGUGAGGAGGGUGAUAAAGGAAACGCGUUGCUGUGAGGAUGGUGAAGCAGUUCAGCUCGGCCUGAUCCAAGGAGGGAAAAAGAGAGGGAGUUUUUGGCUGGCCGUUGAGCAGUUGCCGAGACAAAGGGUGCCCGAGACCAUGUCGAGGGCGAACAGUGUGAGCCCGCCCGGCGUUGGAGCGCAGCAGCUCACCGAGCACCGUGCGGCUUGGGCAGAGGGCAGCCCGGAGUCCCGAGCCAACGGGGCGCCGACCUCGGGCCAGAGCCGCGACAAGCGCUGGAGGGAGGUGGGCGAUGCCGACGGUCCGGGGGGCUUCGCGGGAAAGAGCUGCAGGACGAGCCUGAGGUCCAAGCCGGCUUGGCAGGAGGAAGCGGGCAGAGAGAGGGCGGCGGCGGGUAGCCGUAGCAACGUGGUCCGCCUGGACGGUGAGGUGAGACCCAGGUCGGUGGAAGUGGGGCUGGAGGAAGGGGCCCGCUCCCGGCUGGCCGACGUGGACUCCUCGGCCUCGGAUGUGGACCUGUCGUUUGCCGACUGCUGCAACGGGCUCCUCCGCAUCCUCCAGUCCAAGAAAUUCCAAUCGGAAAAGCUGGAGAGACUGUACCAGCGCUACUUCUUUCGCCUCAACCAGAGUAGCCUGACCAUGCUGAUGGCCGUCCUCCUGCUCCUUUGCGCGGUCAUGCUGGUUUUCUACUGCGUCGCUGGCGGCCGCCAUCUGGCCUACCUGCUGGUGCUAGGCUCCUCCAUGCUCCUCAUCCUGCUUCUGAUCGUGCUGUGCAACCGUAACUCCUUCCACCAGGACCACAUGUGGGUCAUCUGCUACCUGGUGGUGGCCGUUAUGCUGGCCGUGCAGGUCGUGGGCGUGCUGCAGGUCGAGCCCCGCGCCGCCUCUGAGGGCGUCUGGUGGACCGUGUUUUUCAUCUACAUCAUCUACACCCUACUCCCCAUUCGCAUGAGAGCGGCGGUGAUCAGCGGCAUCCUCCUCUCCGCUAUCCACCUGGGCAUCUCCUGGAGGAGGAACCAGGCUGACUCCUUCCUGUGGAAGCAGUUGGUCUCCAAUGUGCUGAUCUUCUCUUGUACCAACAUUGUUGGCGUCUGCACCCAUUACCCUGCCGAGGUGUCGCAGCGACAGGCCUUUCAGGAGACUCGAGAAUGCAUCCAAGCACGACUGCACUCGCAGAAGGAAAAUCAGCAGCAGGAACGUCUCCUGUUGUCUGUGCUCCCACGCCACGUUGCCAUGGAAAUGAAGGCUGACAUUAACGCAAAGCAGGAGGUCAUGAUGUUUCACAAGAUUUACAUACAGAAGCACGACAAUGUCAGCAUCCUCUUCGCAGACAUUGAGGGCUUCACCAGCCUGGCCUCGCAGUGCAUGGCUCAGGAGUUAGUCAUGACCCUCAAUGAACUUUUUGCCAGAUUUGACAAGCUUGCAGCAGAGAACCAUUGCCUGCGUAUCAAGAUCCUAGGUGAUUGCUAUUAUUGUGUGUCGGGCCUACCUGAAGCCCGGGCUGACCACGCUCAUUGCUGUGUUGAAAUGGGAGUGGAUAUGAUUGAGGCCAUUUCGUUGGUGCGAGAGGUGACAGGAGUGAAUGUGAAUAUGCGCGUCGGGAUUCACAGUGGCCGAGUGCACUGCGGGGUCCUGGGACUCCGCAAGUGGCAGUUCGAUGUCUGGUCAAAUGAUGUCACCUUGGCCAACCAAAUGGAAGCAGGAGGCAAGGCAGGGAGAAUCCACAUUACCAAAGCCACGCUAAACUACCUUAACGGGGAUUACGAAGUGGAGGCAGGUUACGGCGGUGACAGGAAUGCUUACCUGAAGGACCACAAUAUCGAGACCUACCUCAUCAUGGGCUGCAGCCAGAAACGGAAGGAAGAGAAAGCAAUGAUAGCGAAACUGAACCGGGCACGGUCCAACUCGAUCUCCAAUCUGGGUUCGCCAUGGAACGUGGAGCGUCAGUUCUACAACCACAUUUCCAAAGAGAUGAAGACAAUGGGCAUCGUAGACUACAUGGCCAAGGACAACAGAAACAUUCAAGAAAACAUGAAUCCGGAGGAGGAGGUGGAUGAGUUUCUGGGACGAGCAAUUGAUGCCAGAAGCAUAGAUCGGCUGCGUUCCGAGCACGUGCGGAAGUUCCUCCUAACCUUCAGGAAACCGGAGCUAGAAAAGAAAUAUUCCAAGGAGGUGGAUGACCGAUUUGGUGCCUACGUGGCCUGUGCUUGCUUGGUCUUCCUCUUCAUCUGUUCUAUUCAGAUCAUCAUCAUUCCACACUCUGUGCUGAUGCUAAGCUUCUACCUGAUAUGCUUGAUCAUUCUGGCCAGCGUGCUUUUCGUUUCCACCAUCUACAGCUGCGUGAAGAUCUUCCCCGUCCCACUGCAGCUUUUGUCGAAGAAGAUCGUCCAGUCAAAGAUGAACAGCACCAUUGUUGGGGUCUUCACCAUCUCACUGGUCUUCCUGUCUGCCUUUGUCAACAUGUUUGUCUGCAACACCCAGGAUUUACAGAGCUGUGUCGCCAAAGAGUUCAACACGACCCUCAGUAACGUCAAUGCCUGUCACAUUGUCAAUUCAUUCUCAAACUACAGUCUGGACUUGGAAACAGUCGAAUGUGGUGGCAAACAACCCAGCUGUAACUUCCCUGAGUACUUCACCUACUGUGUACUGUUGAGUUUGCUGGCGUGCGCUGUAUUCCUGCAGAUCAGCAGUAUCGGGAAGCUCUUCCUCAUGUUGACCAUUGAGCUGAUAUACAUCAUAAUGUUGGAGGUACCUGGAGUCACCCUUUUUGACAAUGCGGACCUGCUGAUCAUUGCCAAUAGUCUUGUCCCUUCGAAUGAAACGUGGACUUGUCCACCGCUAUUCUCAAAAGUCUCUCUGAAGAUCAUGACGCCGGUUAUAAUCACAGUGUUUGUCCUGGCUCUUUACCUUCACGCACAGCAAGUAGAGUCGACUGCCAGGCUGGAUUUCCUGUGGAAGCUGCAGGCCACGGAAGAGAAGGAAGAAAUGGAAGAACUUCAGGCCUACAACAGACGCCUUCUACACAACAUCCUGCCCAAAGACGUCGCUGCCCACUUCCUCGCUCGGGAGAGACGCAAUGACGAGCUGUACUAUCAGAGCUGUGAGUGCGUGGCAGUGAUGUUUGCCUCCAUCAGCAAUUUUUCCGAGUUCUACGUGGAGCUGGAGGCCAACAACGAAGGGGUCGAGUGUCUCCGGCUCCUGAAUGAGAUCAUCGCUGACUUUGAUGAGAUCAUCAGUGAAGACCAGUUCCGUCAGCUGGAGAAGAUUAAAACUAUAGGCAGUACAUAUAUGGCAGCAUCCGGUCUGAAUGAUUCUACAUAUGACAAAGUCGGCAAGACACACAUCAAAGCUCUGGCUGAUUAUGCCAUGAAGUUAAUGGACCAGAUGAAGUAUAUCAACGAGCAUUCUUUCAAUAACUUCCAGAUGAAAAUAGGACUGAACAUCGGGCCGGUGGUAGCUGGAGUCAUUGGAGCUCGCAAGCCUCAAUAUGACAUCUGGGGAAAUACCGUCAAUGUAGCAAGUCGAAUGGACAGCACAGGAGUCCCAGACAGAAUUCAGGUGACUACAGAUAUGUACCAAGUCCUGUCAGCUGAAAGCUAUCGCUUGGAGUACCGGGGCUUGGUUAAGGUCAAAGGCAAGGGUGAGAUGUCCACGUAUUUCCUGAACGAGGGUCCGGACAGCAGUUAGCGACAACAAGCACG